AUGGCAUCAGGAUUGGGAUUAAGUCAGUGUUCGAUAUGCCAGAAGAAUGCAGGAAAAUGUAUGUGUGACGGUUGUAAAAACUACUAUUGCGUCAAACAUUUUAAUCAGCAUCGUCAACAACUCUCGAUGGACUUCGAUGAUAAAGUUGUGAGAACUCAUGAUGAACUUAUGGAACAAAUGGAUAGAGCAAAUCAAUCGAAAGCUGCUGCUUCAGAACUUUUUGAUGAAAUUGAUCGAUGGGAGAUUGUAACAAUCGAUAAAGUUUAUAAAGCAGCUGAACAAGCUCGUCAUCAACUUACUCAACUGCUCACUCGAGAUAAAGAUGCAAUAACAAACGAUUUUGAAAUAAUGACAAAAGAAAUUCGAAAUCGACGAGACGAAGACGAUUUUGAUGAAAAUGAUAUCGAACGACUUCGACAAAAAAUAAAUCAAAUACAAAUAUCAUUACAAGAAUUUAUUCGGCCAACAAAAACAAAAGCGAUAAUAGUGACAAACGAACAAAUUGAUUGGAAUCGAUUGAUUUACGUCGAGAAAGAAGACGAAAGAAUCGGUGAGUGUAUUGAAAAAAACAUUUUGAUCGAAAAUUUGAGCGAGUUGAAUUAG